CAUGAAAUUAAUAAGUAUUUUACUCACAAUUUUACUAUGUCUAUCAGCAAUUAUUGGCGAUUAUGUUGUAUUCAGAUCAAAAUACUCUGAAUCACAUGUAUUCCGUGCAUUUUCAGACAGCAGUGUUCAUGCAAUAAUCGGUUUAUUAUCAGGAAUGUUAUUUUUAACUUACGAUAUUGGUCUGACUACGCAAGCACGAUUUUAUAAUGUAGUCUUCUGUACAAUACUCUCGUCUUUAAUAGACAUUGAUCAUUUCAUUGCUGCAAGAUCUUUUAAAUUAAAGGAUAUAACAAAUUUAAAACAACGGGGAAUAUUCCACUGUACCACAUUCUGGCUAAUAAUAACUAUAUUACUUCUGGUUUAUACUCAUAUAACUAAAAGAUUGAAUAUAUAUACCUUAGUAUAUAUGACUGUAAUUGCAUACUCAAGUCACCAUAUACGAGAUGCUAAUCGCAGAGGACUCUGGUUGUACCCAUUUGGUCAUACGUCCCCUUUAAAUAAAUAUUUCUAUAUAUUCCUAAUUAGUGUACUACCAAAAUUAUUUGCAUAUUUAUAUGUUUAUUUUAAACCAUCAUAUAAAAAUAUUGUUAUAAAUUACGAC